GAUACAUUGCAACACAAACUGCACCCGCCAACAGUAAGUUAGCUUAUUGACAACUUAGCCCUUAAAACCCGGUGCCGCGUAAAUUUAUCUUGAACCUAAAAAAGCCAGUUAUGGCCACAAGCAACAACUCUUCCGUUCUUAAAGAUGUCGUUGCCUUUGUUGAUGUGUGGUCAUCGGAUAAACGAGCAAACUAUUCACAAACUUUCAUUCAGCAGCUGCAGGAAAUGGGUGCUCAGGUAUCAAAAAGAUUUAAUAAACAAGUUACACAUGUAGUAUUCAGUAAUGGUCAUCCAACCACAUGGAGGAAUGCAAAGAAAAGUGACGUGCGACUUGUCUCUGUUCUGUGGGUUAGAAGGUGUUAUGAAGAUGGUGUACGUGUGGAUGAAGAUUUAUUUCCAGCCUUAAAUGAUGAAAGCAAUCCUGUUAUGAAGAACAGGAAACAUCGUUGUAUGUUGCCUAAAGAUUCUCCAGAGAAGACAACUAAAAAUGAUUGGCGUAUGAAGAAAAAAUUGGAGAAGUUGAUGAAAGACUUGCCUUCAAAAGAGCCUCUGGUUUCAGAUGUGUCACCCAUUAUUAUUGAUGAGAAGAGUGGAAUAAUCUAUAGCCCUGGUUUGAAAAGGUCUGAAUACAUGGCGCAGCGUUUGAAAGACAUGAAAGACAAACGGGAAAGCCUUUCACCGACAGCUACACAGAUGGCUGAAUCCUGCUCACCAACUGAGCUGAAGCCUUCUCUUGGGAGCACACCAACUGUCUUCAAAUUUAAGUUAGAUGGCCAGUCAGAUGUUGAAGAUUCCAGUGCUGAUGUUGCUGAAUUUGGUUGCUCACCUGAUAAAGAAGACUUAAGAUCGCACCUUGAUGUUGGACAACCUGGCCAUCUUGAACAAGACUCUGUGAAGCCCUGGCUCUCACCUUGCCGUGAUGUACCAAAACGGAUUUCAGCUGUUCGAGAAUGUUUAGACUUUAUGGCCAAAGAGGAUGAAGAAGGGAAUAAACAAGCAAAGUUAAAAAUAACUUCAGUCAGAAAACAGCUGACAAAGAAACCCAAAUCUGGAGACUUUUUACAGAGUCCUGUCCAGCACAGAUCUGAUAAAACCAAGAAUUUUCAUCAAGAAAAACGGCAGUCACAAACAAAAUCAUCUGGACUGUUGCCUGAUAAAUCCGAAAAGGCAAAACAAACAGUAAUAGCUUCGAAAUCCUUCACUGACACCAAAAGCUGUGUUCAUCCUAAUGCUGUGAAUUCUUUAAGUUGCUUGUCAUCAUUAGCCAUGUCAGUUGAUGCUGCUGCUAAAAUGUCAGAGGAAAUGUCGCUGUCAAAGGACAUUAAACAGAAAACACCUAAAAGGCCCAGAAUGUCACUUCCCGCCUUGAUGCAAUCUUUUACGUUGUCCAGUGGAUCUAAAAGUGCUGCCUCCAAUUCUAUUGAUGGGGACAAUGAUGCAUUUGAGGACUAUUUCACUACAACUAGCCACAAAAAGUGUAUUUUGCCCAAUCUGUCUGUUGAUAGCGACAUUCAGAUACCUUUUGAGUUGGACUCUGUCCCAAAGAAGAGAAAACAAAGACAAAGUGAAAGCUUUGGAGCUAGUGGGAAGAAAAAACGGAAAGUAGAGGAAAGUCAUUGUAGCAGCAAUGUCCAUCAGCAUUCUCAUGAAAGCAGUGAAACUCAGGGUUUUCAACAGCAGGAUGCUAAAACAUCUCUCACUGCUUUGGAGAUUCCCACAGACAAUGUAACUCCAGUGAAUGAAAGCACUUUGGCACUUACAAGUACUAGAAAAACCACAAGUGACGCAGGAAAACAACCACUUUCUGCAUCAGGGCAACCAUCACUGGGAACAGAGGAUUUCACAACACUGGAGCUGCAGAAAAACUCUGAUUUCACUGUCCUUCCCCAGACUUUGCAAAGUGGAGAAAAAGAAUGUACAGUUGCAGCUGGUUGCACAGAGAUCCUUUCUGAAACUGAACAAAAUCACAAUAAGAAAGCCAGCGUAACCAUUCAGACAAUGGUUAACAAAACAAAGACUAUGAGAACACUGGUCAUGACGAGUAUGCCCACUGAGAAGCAGAACACUGUUGUUCAGGUGGUGAAAGCACUGGGUGGUUUUUCAAUUGUUGACCAAGUUUGUGAGAGCACAACUCAUGUGGUGUCUGGGGGACACAGGAGGACUCUCAACAUCCUGCUGGGCAUAGCACGUGGCUGCUGGAUCCUCUCUUUUGAAUGGAUUCUCUGGUGUUUAGAGCAAAGGCAGUGGAUUCCUGAGGAACCUUAUGAACUUUCAGAACAAUUUCCUGCAGCACAGAUCUGCCGUCUCCAAAGGCACCUGUCUGCUGGGGAGCACCAGCAGGACCUGUUCCAAGGCCAGCCAGCCAUGUUUGUUUCACAGCAUUCUCAACCACCCACUCAGAGUCUGGUGGAACUAAUUGAGCUGUGUGGAGGGACGGUCUGCAAGACUGUGCGGCAGGCAGGUAUCUGCAUAGGGAAGUAUAACGGCAGGAGACCAGAGGGAAGCAGGAUCCUGUCUGAGCAGUGGAUUCUGGAUAGCAUCUCUAAUCUGAAGAUAUCAUCAUAUGAUAACUAUGACUUGGAGUAACAGAUGGUGAAAUUUUUUUCUGGCUGGGAAUUUUUAGUUUUAUGAUGUUUUACCUGUAUGGACCCUGGUCAUACAAUUUCCCUCGUUUAUAUCAUGCAGUGUUCCUUCUUGCAGGUCAUCUUUGUAAAUGUGCUCAGAGAGAAAGCAUUUAGAUAUUGUGUUCAAAGACUUCAAAUAUACAGUUACCAUGGAUACAUGUUGUCAAAAUGGCCAGUUAUACAGCAAAGGCCUAAGUAACUGUGAUACAUGACGGACUGCUUUUUACAUCUUUUACAUUGGUUUUAUGGUAUUAACAUUUCUUUACAUAAAGUAGCCACCACUACUGUGACUCUUUUAGAGCUCUAACAGUAUGAAUUUAGAAGUGUUGGCUGAGACAGUAUAACACUUGAGUGGUUGGUAAGCUCUAUAUCCUGAUGAAAAUGUUUUGUCAUUUUAAUAAAUUUUUUUUCCAAGCAUAAUUUUUUAAACUGUUUUCU